UAUGAUCAGGAGAAAUUGAAUCUUUUUAUUAGAUUAGAAUAACGCUGAAGUGUAGCUGGCAGCUUUGUAAACUGUUGCUUCUAAGCUAUUGUAUCUUAUACUAUCGCAAGUAGUUACUUUAUUAUAACUCUUUCAUGCAACAGUGUUGCUGGAAAUGGCUACAUAUCUACUUAAUAUGAUGGUAUACAAGUAGUGAUCUAAACACAUAGGAGAACAUCACCGUGUUAAUGUCUUGGAGACGUUAUCAACGAUGUUGAACUUCUUCCACUUACUCAUUCGCGUAGCGCUGCUAUGUGCAGCCUGCUUCAGUGAGAAUCGUCAUGGAGUUAAAGGUGAUUUCGAUUUAUUGUCGAGUUUCAACCGAUUCAUUGAUAUGGCUUGUCCUGCACCAAUGUCUGCACCAAGAAAUUUGAAGAAAGUUAAUACGAGAUAUCCAGAGACAUUAGUGGAUGUAAUCAUGAAUUCGUAUUGCUCUAGUACACUAAGACAUGAUGCGAAAUAUUUCUGUAAUACACCGGAUUCUUGCGCCUGUUACAAGCCGCAACAAAUAGCUUCGUACGCUGUUGUUAGGCAGGAGAAUGCCGACACAGUUAGGCGCUUGGUGGCGGGCGUUCCUUAUACCUUCAGGGACAAGCAUAUAAAAUACAAUUUCUUCAGGGAUAAAAAGCCAGAUAAAUCUUCGAACGAAGUUUACCCGUUCUACGCGAAAACUGAAGAAAAGACACGUAUCAUUGAGCAAUUUUCGGCAGGCCAUUUUGUGGCGUCAACAGUUCCCGAAGAGGAAUUGCAGAAGUACAAAGAUAAAACAGUUAGAGAUAUAAAUACUGUCAAGAUCGCUGAUGUUAUAAGUGCAUACUUGAAGGAUCCUAUUUGUAUAUUAGGCUCCAACAUAUACCGUAACUCAGGAUGGAAACCAGAGUUAUGUGCUGAAAAAAGCCGUUCAUACCGAUUGACACAUCUUAAAGGAUUGUGGACGUCGGGUACGGAUUUUGGACAUAAUAUGGAAAGCUCUCUACAGAACGAAUUGGAGUUGAUGAAGGAUCACUCCAUGGAUGUCACGAGUAGGAAUAUACCAAGCUUAAUGCCAAUGACACAAGGUACCGAUGAAGAAGAAGAGGACUUCUUAGAUGAUCUGCUUGAGGACGAAAUACGUGAGAAUCCAUUACGAUUUUGUAGCACAUGGGAUAUAUUAAGAGAGAGACACAAUAUCACCAUUAACACGACAUUCUGCUCAAAAUAUUUAGAAAGACUAUGUGAUUACACAACGGCGGGACCUUUCUGUAGACCUAUUGUCCAACAACGCUUCUACCUGGAUCAGGGAACAAAUCUGUAUAUCACGGUAGAGCACUAUUCCUUUUCGUCUGUAUUUGCACUGUAUUUGGGACCCGAAAAACUGAAAUGUGGAAGCAAGAAAUCUUUGGAACGUGGAUUGUUCUAUAUGGAGGAUAUGUUAGAACAUGGUGUGGCUGUCUUGGACGAAGUCACCCGUGGCAAUCGUAGAUUCUUCCACGUGGGACCGUUCAACACCACGAAAGCAGUAGGCAAAUAUAACAUAUGUGCGUGUUUCAAUCAAGACGGUGAAAUUGAAGGAAAACGGUGCUAUGACUACUCAGAAUAUACCUCUUUAUUAGGAGAGGUGGUAAUAAGACCAAAAUGGAAGCCGCCGAUCGCGAACGUAUCGGUGGGAAAGCGUGAGAACAUACAAGGAUUAAACCGUGUGGCGUUAGUUCUAGACAUGGCAUCAGGAGCUCCGAGUUGUGAAUCACUGUUAGAUAUGAUGUCAGUAGAUUGGUACAUACCGUCGGUUAAACGAAGCCCGAACUUAAGCAACUACAUAACUGUGGUGAAACAAAAUGAAGACGAAAAUAUAGAUAUAAAUUUCACGAAACCGGGUAUAUAUAGAGUAUGCCUAAUUUUCUUGUUUAAUGGAGAAGUUACGGACCACACUUCAGCCUAUGCUGUCAACGGUAUAAAGGACAAUGCAAGCGCAGUCAUAUACAAAAAGAUCUCCGGAGAGUACGUAGGUAGCUCAUUAGUAUUUGAGCACAUAAAUAAACGUUUGCUUGACGUGAAGUCAAUUGUGUUGGUCGAUUCGGAAAAUAAUUGUACUGCCGAAGUUAUCGGACACUGGGCAGGAGGCAUACACCCAUACUAUAUGUACAUGUCCAAUGAUAAUAUCACACGAUGGGUGGCAAAGAAAUUAGAAUUCAAGUUUAAAAAGAAUAAAAUAUUGCCUUCAUAUGCCAUAUGCGUAUCUUACAAAGACAAGUCUGGUAGAUAUAAAAUCGGAAAUGCCAUGGUACAGAAUUUCGCUGAUGAAAAUGACAGUUUCAUAUAUGACACUCCAUUUGACAUCAAAGGCCCUGUAGAUGAUCUAUAUAACUACACAAUUACGAAGAACUCUGACGAAAUGAUUGCUUUGUUAAAACUAUUAAAAAUGAAGGAAGCUGGAUGCGCAUUCAUUUCUACAUGUGCAGAUAACCUGGAAUAUUACUACAGCAUUAUUGACGGGGCCGAAAGAAUAACAAUGCAGUUCAGAACCUCCACUAGUUUGAACAAAGUUAGCUUAUGGUUGCUUAUAGAUGAUGACCCAACACCCUUCCCUGCACGGACAUUCAGUUUUGAUAAACCACGAGCCCUGCGUUUGGGAAUGAAUAAUGGAACACUCUAUGCGUACAUAUUACUAUCGGAUAGUAGGUUACAUCGAAUACCUUUCAGUGAUAUCUUCGACCCUCUGCAAUACAAUACGGAACGCAAGGAAGCAGGACCAUUCAAUGAUGUGAAAUAUAUGGAUAUUAUACAGUAUAAUAACAGAUGCUCACUUGUACUCGUAGACAAUGCAGACAUGUGCAUUUACUUGUAUAACGAGGAAUUGGUGAAGAUAACAAGCAUAUGUAAUAACGCAAGCAACAAAAUACCAGGCCCGGGAAGGAUCACGUGUGUUCCAACUGAUAAGACAAAUGUAGAACACAAUUGCUUUUUGGCGAUGCCACUAUUAAAUUCAAUCCUAUGGAUGAAGGUGACAAGUGCAAAUCAGAUGACAAUAGUAGACCGGUAUGACUCUGAUGAAGCCAAUCUUCAUGUGGAUCCGAUUGCUGGCAGCCCUGUGUCACUCUUUGCCGUACCACACGAUAAGGAGGCUAUGGUAUUCGUAAUAUACGAAAGCGGUGAACAUGGUAUAUUGCUUAGAACUGUCGGCAAUAAAUCCUUGGAGUUUAUGUCUACUUUGCUACCUGCAGGUAAUGGUUACUUGAUGCGCUUCAUAGUGCCAAUAUCAUUCAAUGAUAACCUCUCCACCAUCAUGGUGUUGUCGCAAUCACCAUCGAAGGCACUCGUCGACACUAGGUUGGAUGUUGACCAAGUAUUUGAAAAAGCUAUGGAGAAGGAUUCAACAACUUGGCGUUAUACGUGGAUGACACUUGGAGAGCUUGUUAAGUUACCAGUAUUGAAUUAUGAUGUACCAGAAUGGAUGCUUAUUGGACGAAAGUAUGAAGUACAACCUAUAUUUGAUUAUGGAUUCACUGCUAAAUCAGGGGAUACAUAUACUGUAGUCCCCAAAGCAAAGGUAAAUGCUGAACUUGUCGAUACUAACUUAGCCGUGGAUAAAAACGGACUAUUGAGCAUCCACUCUUCUAUCUUGUUGCGAGAUGAAUAUGAUAUCGUAUUCCGUAACAUGUGGCUGAUGUCACGCACCACGGUACAGGUCAACGUUGGUUGUCCAGAUGGUAUGUACCACGACGGAUCCACGUGCCAGCUGUGUACUUUCGGAACUUACAAUUCGCAUGAAAUGAUAUUAAACAAUGCGGACCUGGUGCUUAAAUGCACGCCGUGCCCUGCCAACCAAACUACCAUGGGUCUAGGGGCAAAAUCGGUUGACGAAUGUACUUGCAUAGCCGGUUAUUCAGCCAAGAUCGAGGGACCUGGGCCUAAGAAAUGUGAGCCGUGUGGCGUCUCUAGCUACAAAUCUGCGCUAGGUUUCGGCCAAUGCGCGGGAACAUGUGGUCAAAAUGCCUUCUCAACAAAUCCAGCGAGCCUAUCACAAGCAGAUAUGUUCUGUCGGUGCUUUCCCGGGUUCUAUUACAACCGUGGUGGAGAGGGUGAACGAGGUGGCUGCAAACCUUGUGAAGAAGGAUACUAUUGCGUGGGAGGUUAUAAGUCGAGGCAAAGGAAAUGCCCGGUUUACACAACUACGCUGAAUCAGGCAGCGGUGAGCAUAGAUGACUGUGUAUGUUCCGCAGGUUAUGAACCAGCCAGGCCAAUAAACGUUUCUACUAGAGGUACUUUCGAGUAUGAAAUCGGCCAACGAAUAAAAGCUACGCAUAACAUACGGGAUUACCACAAAUGGGUUUGUGUACCAUGUCCCAAUAAUAUGUACAAGGCAAUACCAAGCUCUGAUCCGUGUACUAGGUGCCCUAAUAACACCUACAGCCUGACAAGUGGUAACAGCAACGCUAAAAACUGUAAUAGGUGUGGUCCUGGAUACUACGAGACUAAUGAUUUUACGAACCCAUGUGAAGUGUGCCCUCCAAACCACAUUUGUGUUGGAUCAGAUCCAAUUGACCCUUCUCUGAAGUUGUACAGUGGUAAAAGGAUAAAGUGUGACAAGAAUUCAGUGACUCUAGCGCCAUAUGAGGACAAUACUCAUGCCCACCACUGUCUCUGUGACAAGGGUUAUAUGGCCCGUACUAGAAAUGGUAUAGUAAAAUGUGAAGCGGUACCGAAAAACACUUACAAGGAUGUUGUAGGAAAUGUCGGACCAACCCAGUGCCCUAAUGGGUCCUAUACUUUAAGCCCUGGCGCCACAUCUGCUAACGAAUGUGUUUGUCAUAAGGGUAUGUUCUUUGACGAAGCUCAUUGGAAAUGCGUCAUAUGCCCAGUUGGUAAGUUUUGUCUAGGUGGGCGCCUUCCGAACGGUGAUCAUAUGCCUCCAACUGUCUGCGCCGAUGAGAAUUCAAUUACUACCGAGCCUGGCGCAUCGAGUCCCAGCGAAUGCCUAUGCAAACCUGGUUAUUAUAUGCGUCAAGAUGGGCUCAGCGGCUGUGUCCAAUGCCCAGAGAACACAUACAAAUCGCAUGUAUCCAACGAAAGCUGUAGCGAAUGUGACAAGAAUUCGUUGACAUACGGUGAACUUGGUGCUACAUCCAAAGAUCAAUGCAUUUGUGCCCCGGGGUACUACUUGGACGGUACAUGUAAACCGUGUGGUUUUGCAGAUAAGUAUUGCCCUGGUGGAUACUUAUCGGGGCGUGAUCCCGUUACGGGUAAAGGUAUAUAUCUCAACAAAGAUCCGGUGCAAUGCCCACCAUACACGAAAAUUUUACCUGGUGUAGAGACAGCCUUUAGUGUUAGUAACUGUCAAUGCGGUAAAGGAUACGCUUUGGCGAAGAUGAACGAUAACACUCAUGAAAAGGUUUGUGUACCUUGCGCUCCAGGAUCCUAUAAGAGUACGGUAAUAGACUCCAGUUGCAAUGGUUUGUGUACUCAGAAUGCGACUAGCAAAGCUGGUGCGCACAGCCCAGCACAAUGCUACUGCCAACGUGGUUACUACUACCUGGCUGGUGGCAUUUGCGCACCUUGUGUAGAAGGAGCUCGAUGUGAUGGUGGUGUCGUGGAAGUUGAUGAGGUCGGCGCCGAUGCAGAUGGCAACGACGAUCAAGAUGACGACGUCGUCGUGCGCAGAACACAUAUCAACCCGGUACCCAUUGAAGGUUACUUUUUGGACAAAAUCAACCAAGAGUUGCGCAAGCCUGAUGACUGGCGUUUUAUCAUGUGUCCCAUCAAAGGCGCUUGUCUCGGAGAGAAGGGUUGUUCCGAGUCGAUGACAGCUUACCUAUGUGCCGAAUGUAAAACUGGUUAUACCAACAACUUUAAGAAGGGCACUCUCUGUACCAAGUGCCCCAAGACAAUGACCAACGUGGUUCUUACUAUUGCUUGGUACCUAGGUUUACUUCUGGUCAACAUUGUGAUGGCCUGCCUGAACGUUAGCGCCGGUUAUAACCGUCGUUCUAUCCACUCAGUCGUCAUCAAGAUUGCUCUCAACUACGGUAUUUGUAUGUCAGUGCUGAAUGUGAUCAACUUCGGCGACCUGGCGUUACCUGCAGAACUGAAAUCAUACACUCUACGAUGGUUUAAGGUUAUACAUCGUGAAAGUAGUGUUGUUCACACUUCGAUCGACUGUCUGCUUCAACAUUGGUUUGGUAUGACCCACGCCGUCUCCUUCUUCUAUAGCAUGUUGUUCAUUGCGUGCUUGCCCGUGAUAUUACUUGUGGUCGUUACAGUUCUGAUGUGGGUCAUCCUUGAGCUGUUCAAGAUCAAGAGGCAUCAUGUGACUCGUUCCAAGUUGGCCUUGCUCUACCAGUCAUCCCUGCAGGGUAUGCAUUACCUGGCAGAUCGACUUCGCGAUGAGUAUGCCAAUGAACGUUUAUUCCUGAUAUUCCGUUACAUCCCGCUACCUGGUGAAACCCGUUGGGUCAGGUUCAAGCACUUUUUGGAAGACAUGAUUCCGAUUUAUGUCACAGUGCUUUUCUCAGUCCAUGGCAACACUACAAGUCAAAUGUUAAGUCUGCUGGAUUGUACUUGUAUCCACUUGGGCCAGUCGGUGCCCAGCAAGUACAUGCUACGACCUGCUAUGAGCAUCAGGUGUUCCCUGGACCCGGGUAGUGCAUACUUCCCUUACCUUUUGCUGGGUCUCGGAGGUUUAAUCUUUUGGGGGUUCGGCAUUCCGUUCUUCUCAUAUAUUGUCCUGCUGGUGAACCGUAAGAAGCUGUACGCACCUGACGUGCGUAUGAAGUACGGUUUCUUGCACAAUGGUUACCAACAGGAAUACUGGUUCUGGGAGGCCAUCGUGUUCACACGUAAAAGUUUGGUCCUGGUGAUUGGCAGCAUUGUCAUCGUGCCCUCAGAGAAUACCAGUGCAUCUCGUAUGUGGAUGGCCCUUGCUGUCGCCGUGGUCUUCCUCAUCAUACAGCUUAUCUACAAGCCAUUCGACGAACGCGACUACUUUGUUCUCGGACGUCUCGAGAGCCACAGUAUGAUAUCAUGGACUGCUAACUUGCUAGCAGUCUCUCUUAUGUGUUAUGUUACAUUGACUCCAUUUGUGGUCACCACAGUCUGUGCGUUGGUGCUCAUAAACUCUGGCUACUUCUUCUAUGUUGUUUUUAAGAGUUUCCUGCGUUCGCUGGUUGAUACCAUUAGGUAUAAAGGGGAAAACAGAUUCUUUAAGAAAUUACGUUGGCUUGUGGACGCCGUUCUGUUUUUUGAUUCGCGUCGUUACUUACGCGAACCGCAGAUCACAUAUAACCAAACUACUUCAUACUUGCAGCUAAGGAUCACACGUCACCGCUACACCUGGUUUGGUAAGAAGACAUAUGAGCUGAAACCUCUGGAACGUUACUACUUUGUGAACAUUGUUACUGAACUAUAUCGCAUUGUUGUGUCACAUCUUAAGCUUGAUGUUAUGCCUAAGUUGUUGAUCGAAUUUUUAGUUCGGUUGUCACUGUCACUUAGACGGUUCGAAGAAAAGAUGGCUAAAAGAGAGCUGUUUCAGGAGUUAUCGGAUGGUGACCUUUCAACUCUCGUAGCAUGGGCUGCUGAAAAGGAAUCGCAUAAACUUAACAGAAUCGUAAACUUGGAGGAAAUGGAUGACGAUGAAGCAUUUUCGAAUGUUUUAACAGACGAAAAGAGCCUUGGUGCCGCUAUCGGGUUGCGUCAAGAAGAAUUGCAGUUCAUCAUGGACUGCCUUUUUGAUGACAAGGUGCUUGGCUGUAACACUAGGCUCACAGAUUUCUACCACUGCCUCACACGUAUUUGGAUCAUGGAUAUCGACAUGUUGACAUUCCUGUUUACUAUGUUCAGGCGUGUGAAAUCACGUCGUGAUAAGGACAACGUCGCCAGGAUGGAAGAGACAAAUGCCAAGUUACGCAAGACCCAUGGCAUCCUCAUGAAUGUCAAGGAAGGUAUUGAAGCUUCAGAUUCAAUUACGCUGAAAAAGAGUAUUGUUGAACUGGAAGAACAGGUGAAGAGCCUCAUUGCUAAACGAGAGCAGCUAAGCAAAAACCUCAAGGAAAUGCGUGAAAAUCCAGAUGCGUAUGUUCCAGAAGUUGAAAAGCAGGCUGAAACUUCGAUGGAUGAGCUGAUGCUGCAAGUUGGUUUCUGCCUCAAGAAUGGUUUACGUAGGAACGAUGAGAAUGAAAGCCUAGAUGAUGAAUCUGGCUCAUCUGUAAGCGAUGAAGAGUAUGAAACCGAUUCUGGUGAUGCGUCAGAUUAUACUACUGAUGAAUCUGAUGAUUGACUCUAAUAUU